GGGGAAAAUUGGCAGAGAGAUAAGUGAUAUGGAUAGAUAAGGCUCGCCACUCUUCUUCAUCGUCAUCGCCAGACCGAGACAGAGGGGAAGAGGUAUGGCAAUGUCGAGAGGUGGUGGUGGCCUUGGCUCCGCAGCUGCCCUCUUGGGUAGCCCUGUGGCUGGGACGUCGAUGCGUGGUCAUACGAAUGUCGCCGUGUGGAGUUGUCCUCUUCCUCCUCCUUCUCGCCCCUGCGGCCUCCGGAAGCACUCCUCUUCCCUGUCUUCUCCUCCACCUUCUCCUCCCUUUGUGACGGCCGUGGCCGCCACCGACUCCUCCAGUCAGAUCAGCCCGACCCAGCGGUCCGAAUCUAAGAGCACCAAGUACCACUUCGUGGUUGCGAAUGCGAAAUUCAUGCUGGACGAGGAGGAGCACUUCCAGGAGCUUCUCUUCGAGCGCCUCCGCAACUAUGGCGAGCGCAACAAGGAGCAGGACUUCUGGCUUGUCAUCGAGCCCAAGUUCCUCGACAGCUUCCCUGAUAUCACCAAGCGAUUGCGCCGGCCCGCUGUCGCGCUUGUCUCCACCAACGCUACCUGGAUCACGUUCAUGAAGUUGAGGCUGGAUAGAGUGUUGGCUGAUAGCUAUGAGGCAGAUAGCCUAGAAGAGGCAUUGGCUUCUAAUCCCACCCAAGUAGAGUUUGAGAAGCCAGUGAAUUGGGUCGCGCCUUAUCCAAAGUAUGAAUACGGAUGGUGGGAGCCCUUCUUACCUGCGGGAUGUAAAGAAUCGAAAGUGUAGUACUACUUUCUUGGCGUUGCCCUUUCGGCUUUUUCUUUUUCUUCUUCUUCUUUUUAAUUUAAAGCAGAGCUUGUUAUUGUCGACAAUAUUAUUUACUAGCCAUUGGAGAGUUUUCAAGAUGUCCGCAUGUUUUUUGUUA